CUUAUUGAGCUUCUCACGCAUUGUGAUUCCUCUAUCUUACUACAAAGGUAACUAAUUUUGUGGUUUUAAUAGUACUGUUGUUAUUGUCUCAUUCUCACUUGGCCUUUCUUAAAAAAAAACUUUUCAGAUGGAGCCUUCAAGCCCCCAACAAUGCUUCUGGUGAUGCAGAGGAACGCAAUGCUUCCAUGAGGAAGCUCUGUAUCGCCGUUGUGUUGUGUCUUUUGUUCAUGACCGUUGAAGUCUUUGGUGGGAUCAAAGCCAAUGGCUUGGCUAUACUGACCGAUGCAGCACAUCUUCUCUCUGAUGUUGCUGCCUUUGCCAUCUCCCUGUGGGCUGCUGGCUGGGAAGCCACUCCGAGGCAGACUUAUGGGUUUUUCAGGAUUGAGAUUCUCGGAGCUCUUGUCUCUAUCCAGCUCAUUUGGUUGCUUACAGGGAUUCUUGUCUAUGAAGCCAUCCUCAGGCUUCUUACUGAGACCAGUGAGGUUAAUGGGUUUCUUAUGUUCCUUGUCGCUGCGUUUGGGCUGUUGGUGAAUAUCAUAAUGGCUGUUCUGCUCGGACAUGAUCAUGGUCACGGUCAUGGACACAGCCAUGGUCAUGACCAUCACAGUCACGGUGGGGUGACUGUUACCACCCAUCACCACCACCAUCAUGAUCAGAGUCAUGGUGAGGACAAGCAUCAUCACGCUCAUGGCCAUGGGGAUGUUACUGAGCAGUUGCUGGACAAAUCAGAGAAGAGAAAGAGGAACAUCAACGUCCAGGGAGCUUACCUCCACGUCCUUGGUGACUCCAUACAGAGCGUUGGUGUUAUGAUUGGAGGAGGUAUCAUUUGGUACAAGCCGGAAUGGAAGAUAGUCGAUCUGAUCUGCACUCUUGUCUUCUCGGUUAUUGUCUUGGGGACAACCAUCAACAUGAUUAGAAGCAUUCUUGAAGUGUUGAUGGAGAGCACACCGAGAGAGAUUGACGCUACGAAGCUGGAAAAGGGUUUGCUGGAAAUGGAAGAAGUGGUGGCUGUUCAUGAGCUUCACAUUUGGGCUAUCACAGUGGGGAAAGUGCUGCUUGCUUGCCAUGUCAACAUCACACCAGAAGCAGAUGCAGAUAUGGUGCUCAACAAGGUCAUUGAUUACAUCAGGAGAGAGUAUAAUAUCAGUCAUGUCACUAUACAAAUCGAACGCUUAAAGCAUAUGCAAAAAUGCAAACAACAUCUCAAGAGUCUUUUUGUAUUCAGUAUUCUCUAUAUUAAUAACAAUAAAGUUUCUAUCUUUUUUUUUUUUCCUCUGCUUUAGGUAUUAGUUUUGUCUCUUUAUAAAGUGUUGAAAGGACACAACUUGCUUUAGAACAAGAGAUGUCAACUCAACUUUUCUGCCGUUUAGUUAGAUUCAUCAUCUUCCUAGUAGUUCACAGGAGGGGACUUGUGAAAUGUGUGAUAGAAGCAGGAUCUGAUUGACUUUUUAG